UUGGAGCUACUUUAUUGUAGCUGAUGUUUCUGAUGUUUCUUUGAUUUUCACUGCAUUUAGCUAACACCGAUAAUUGCCGAAAUGCUGACGGCGGAGGACUUUACGCGCUUCCCGCUCCAGAUGUGGGAGAAGGUGCUGUCGAAGGUGAAGAAAGCUGUCGUCUUUAUGGAUGACAAGUGUGCAGAGGCUCUCCACUGGAACGGGGGUACCGCCGCCUUGUUGGAGGCAGGAGCCAGAAAUUUAAAGCAGUUUUCGAGCUUCGAAGCCUGCGGCGCGAACGAGCCGAAAGCCGUGUUCGUGGUGAGCACUUUGCUGAAGGGGAGAACAGUGGACAUCAUUAAAGACAUCAUAUCCCUCAGUCACUUCCAGUACUGUGUUGUCUUCACUACUGUUGCCCACUCCGUGCACCUGCUCGCCAAUAAUGUCACGGCAGAGAUGGAAGGAAACCCUGUGUUCGAGCAGUUCGAAGAAAAGCUAUGCGAGUGGAUGGGAAACAUGAACUACACGGCUGAAGUCAUGCACGUUCCCCUGGUCUUCGCCCCUGUGUCACAGCAGUUACUUCUCACACCUACGUAUGCCCACCUGUUUCCCCUGCUCUCACCUGACCUGGAGACACUAAACGCAAAACGACCAGAGAAGAAGAGAUUUGGAAGCCUGAUAGAUAUAGACGUGCACUCUGUUCCUGCUGAACUGCAGAUCGAAAUCAGAUCCUUGACUUCAGCAUUAAACGCAAUGUUUGAAGCUACAGGUACCAGGGAAGAGAGCUUUGCUGUAGGCCCCAUGAGCCGCAUCAUAGCUGGGGAACUGGCCAAUCACCCUCAAGCAAAGAAUCGAAGGAAAACAGCCCCUAAUAAAGCAUCCAUCAUCUUUGUGGACCGAACAAUGGAUCUUACAGGAGCUGUUGGUCACCAUGGUGACAACCUGGCAGAGAAGAUUCUGACCGUCCUCAAACCUUUACCUGGUCAUGUGACAGACGUACAGGUGGAUAUGCUGGAGCUCACCAGUCUGCAGCGCACCCCUCACUCCCAGAACACGCUGGCCCCCGGCUGUCUCGCACAAAACCAGUCGCCUGUGGCGCAGACACUGUGGGAGGCCAUGCUGACCAGUAAACACAAAGAGGCCGUGAUGGAGGUGCGACGGCAGCUGGUGGAAGCAGCCAGUAAGGAGAAGCUGCCCAUCAAGAUGAGCAUGGGCCGUGUGACCCCCGAACAGCUGUGCUCCUACAUGCAGCUGUUCCGGAGCAGUUGGGGGGCGCUAGAGAGUCACUGCGGGGUGCUCCAGCUGGGCCUGGCCGCGGCCCAGACGCUCCGCCACCCGGACCUGCCCCGCUGGGAUUCCUGCCUGGCCUUCGAGCGGCUGCUGCUGCAGGCUCUUGGAGACUCUGAUUUCCUGACUGUGCUGAAGCAGCUGCUGCCCCUGAUGAAGCCCCGCGGGGGCGGGGACGGCUCGGCCUCCAGGUCCAGAGAGGAUGAGUGCGGCCCCGAUGAGCUGAUCCUCCUGCUGGUCUACCUGUACUCCCUGGCCGACGAGGCGCAGCCUGCACACCCCAACGCGGAGGAAGACGAGGAGGAGGAGCUGGAGAAGCUGGAGAGGGAGCUGAUAGGAGCGCUCACCUUCGUCAUCACCCGAGAGACGGAGCUCAGCCCCUUGCUCCAGAAACUCACCGGUUGUGCAAACCCUGAGGAGCUGACCACAGAGCGAGCCCAUUCUUCAGUGGAGGACAUGUUUGAGACUCUGCGAGGGUUGAGCCACACCAGAGAUCACCUCAAGCAGCUGCGCUCCGUCUACACUGCCAGCGAUGGAGUUCACCAGGCGACCUAUCGUCCUUUCCUGCGACAGAUCCUGGAGGAAGUCUUCCACCCCGAGAGAGUCGAAUGUCCCGACAUCGAGCACAUGUCCGGGGGUCUCACAGACCUGCUGAAGACCGGCUUUAGUAUGUUCAUGAAGGUGAGCCGUCCACAUCCCAGCGACAACCUUGUGCUGCUCCUGUUUCUGGUUGGAGGCGUCACACCCUCAGAGCUGCGUCUCGUCAAAGAGGUCGUCACCACACACAAACCAGGGAUGCAGGUGCUGGUUCUGUCCACCAGGCUGCUGAGGCCGACGGACGUCCCCGAGCUGCUCUUCACCACCCAGAGACUGGCGCCUGACAUCGGUGUGUGAAAAGGUCGUCACGUGGAAACACACACACACACAUACACACACACGUGGACACACACAUGCACACAGACACACACACACACACGAACACACAUGGACACUCUCAUGGACCACAAAUAAAAGCUGUAAAUGGAAAUUAUCAGCAAAUAAAACAUUCCUUAACACUCUUUUUUUGUGUGUGUGUGUGU